ACGAACAAAAUCCCUUGCAAGUAAAAGAAAAGACCAAAUUUCGAAGGAUUGGAUUGGCGAUUCCAAUCAAUUUCAUGGCGGAUGGAAAUCCAACUAGCGAUCAUCACGGAGCUUUCGUAGCUUCGCACUCCGCCGCUAAUGCUAGUCGAGGCGGCGGCGAUAACGUCGACCGGCUUGACAGAGCAACUAGUUCCAAUUCCGCUGUGGCUGAGGGUUUGUACUCUCUGAUAUCAUCCGUAAUGAUUGAUUUCGAUUCGAGAGCUGAAGCUACUGCGCGCAGCCAAGACCAGCUUGAAUUUACCCUAGAUCGCUUAACAGGAGAGCUUGAUAAAUUGUUAGAGGAUGCACCAUCACCCUUCAUAAUGCAGCAUGCUGGAAGAAUUUCUGGUGUUAGGAAAAGGGUAAAAGCAUUAAAUACAGUUCUGAAAUCCAUACAGCGUCGAAUCGACAAUAUGGACCGAAUGCUGUCAACUGGAUUAGUUCAUGAAAAAAUUGUUGGAGAAAAUAGCGGGCAACAGAAAGCUUGACAUAUACGGGACUGUCUUACUCUCUUUAAUGGUAACAACUUUAUUAUUUCGAAAUGGAAUUUUUAUUUUUUUGUUUUUUUGAAAAAUGUCAUGUGCUAAUUUGGUCUCGAACUUCAUAUGUGGCUCUCUGUCGUCUCAGGAUUAUUUUUAAUUGACUAUGAAUUAUGAAACACACACUCUGAGUACAUGCUUACUUUUUCGCGAUAUGUUUAUGAACUUGCAUAUAUUAUAUCUAACACCUAUUUUUUGUUCUCAAUUUUUUACUAGUCUCGAAACAACUUAAAACACUUGUAAAAUAUAUCAUAAACGCACCCUAUGUUUCUCAUAAAGUGAAAUUCAAUUAGAAGAAUAUUCCGAGCAGUGCUUGCUUGUUUAUGUUUUUGGGUGUUUUCAAUGGUUUUCAUUGCAGUUUGCAUAGUAUAAAAAUAUUCUUAAAAACAAAAACGAACAAAAUUCUCUAGUUCUUCCCCUUUAUAAGAUGCUUUGAGAGCUUAACAUAGAUCUAAUUUAAGUGUUGGAAAUAAAUAAAUACCUUAGGAUGUGUUUGCUUGUGUUUGGUUCCUUGAAGUUGAGGUAAAAGUAUAAAAUAUAUAUUUGAUUUAAUAUUUUUUUAGAAGAAAUAAUAUGUAUAUGAAUAUAAAAAUAAAAUUAUUUUCGUAAUGGGUUUGUUUGGCUAAUGUCAUAAGUUAGUUUAGGUUAUAAUCGAGUAAUCAUUCGAGGUGUGUUCACUUUGUGAGUUAUAACAUUUAUUUUUAUUCAAGAUAUUAUUUAUUAACUCAGAACAUCGAAACAAAUUCAUAAGUAAAUACUACCUAGGAUACUUGUCAUUAAACUCUUUGAUCAUUUUCGACAGUUUAAAAGUGCUCGAGUGUAGAAAUAUGUUGAGUGUAUGGUAUACUUAUAGUGUAUAUAUAUAGGUGUUAUUUAGGUGUAUCUAUAUAUAUAUAUAUUCUUUUUUUUGAACAAUUAUGACUAAUAAAACAUAUGUGCAAUUACUUAUACUUGUUUAUCAUUCAAAUUCUUCGCUGUCCUAUGUCUUUGAAGUGUAUUUAGUACUCGUUGCAGGAAGAAGUAUUGCCAUUUAGGCAAAAUUUUAUGUCCUUAUUGUUUAAAUAUAUUGAAAUAUAUAUAUUAUCAUAUAUAUAUUAUCACGUGGAAUUGUCCGUCACGAGAAUAGAAUAAAUUAGACCAACGGACAAGCUUACUCACCUUCAACUCAGCUACGCCAAGUCGAGACGAGACCCGAAAAGAGCUCAGGUGUGUUUGACUUAAAUAGUUGUUUGAUACGAUAUUUUUGUGAAAAAUAAAUAAAUAAAAAAAUAAUACCCCUUCAUCCAUCCAAUGUAUGUUGCAAUAUUUUCAAAAUAAAAUGAAAGAAAUAAAUAUACUCUA